AUGUCAUCACCACUGAUUCCUGACUGCAGGGGAGAGAGGAGGGACAAAGAGGGGGAGGGGAAUCAUAUUGACGGCAUCCAUGAUCGUUUUGUUCUCGUCUUCCGUACAGUGUCCAUCGCUGCAAGCGACGGCAUUAUUUUCUCCUCCCACGACUCCUCUUAUUCUUCCUCUUUCUAUUCCACUAUGUCUUCCUCUUUCCACAAAUCCACUCUUUCUCCUCUCACAAGUCUGUUAUAUUUUCUUCCAUCCCUCGUUCUUAUUUCCUCCUCCCGUAACUCCAUUCUUACUUCCUCUUCAAUAACCCAUACUUCCUCCCUCUUGCACAUCACUUUUUCCUUCUUCCUCCCAUUCACUCUCUUUUCUACCUCCUCCUACUUCAUCUUUUUCCUCCCACAAAUCCACUACCUUGCAUUUCCACUCUUUCUUCCUCCUUUCAUAACUCGCUCUUACCUACUUUCCAUUUAUUCCUCUUCCUAUUCCGCCCUUUCUUCCUCCUUCAACUCGCGCAUUCCUCCUCCUCCUACAAGUUCGCCCUCUUCCUCAUCCCACCCUCACAAUUUCUUUCCUCAGCUCCUCCUUUACUACUCCUUCUCGUCGAUCUACUUCCUUCUCCUACUCCAAUUCUUUCUUUUACUUUCCAAAUUUCGCUCUCCCCUUCUCCUCUUACCCACUCUUUGUUCCCUCCCCAACUCACAGCCAUUUUUUCCUCUUACUACUCCAGUUAUUUUCCUCAUUCCGCAACUCUCCCUUCCUCCUCCCUCCACACUGCUUCAACCCUUCUCAUCUUCUCCUUUUUUUUUUAAUUCAACUUUAGUUUCCAAUAAUAAUUCUUUUUUUCUAUUUCUCCCUACCGCCUCUCCAUAUCUUUCGUUUCUCAUUCCGAUAUUAUUAAAUAUUUUCCGAGCCGCUAUCCAUUACUCCAUCGUGCCUCCACUCUCCCUUUCACUCUCUUUCUCUCUCUCUCUCACUUCCACUUUCUAUCUCUCACCUUCACUCUCUUUCUCUCUCUCUCUAACUUUCACUUUCUAUCUCUCACUUUCCCUCUCUUUCUCUCUCUCUAACUUUCACUUUCACUUUCACUCUCUCUCUCUCUCUCUCACUUCCACUUUCAAUCUCUCACUUUCACUCUCUUUCUCUCUCUCUAACUUCCACCUUCUAUCUCUCACUUUCACUCUCUUCCUCUCUCUCUUACUUCUACUUUCUAUCUCUCACUUUCACUCUCUUUCUCUCUCUCUCUCUCACUUCCACUUUCAAUCUCUCACUUUCACUCUCUUUCUCUCUUACUUCCACUUCUCUUCUCUUCUUUUUUUCCUUUUCCCCCGUUGUCGUCUUUCUGUGAAAUAUUAUGUAACUCUUCUUUUAUUAUUAAUCUCUCAGUCUUUCAUUAAUAUUCAUUUAAUUUCUAUUUUUGUGCCAAUCUUCUUCUUCCUCUUCCUCUUCCUCUUCUUCUUCUUCUUCCCCUUCCCUUCUUCCCCUUCUUCUUCUUCUUCUUCUUCCACUUCUUCCCCUUCUUCUUCAUCUUCUUCCACUUCUUCUUCUUCCCCUUCCUCAUACUCUUCCCUUUCGCCUUCCUCCUCUUCCCCUUCUUCCUCAUCCCUUCUUCUUCUUCUUCUUCCCUUUCCUCUUCCUCUCCCCCUUCCCAUUCCUCCUCUACCCCUUCCUCUUCUUCUUCCCCUUCCUCUUCCCCUAUCCCUUCCUCCUCUUCCCCUUCUUCCCUCUUCCCUCCUUCUUCUCCCCCCUUCUUCUUCUUCCUCUUCCCUUCUUCUUCUUCUUCCACUUCUUCUUCUUCCCCUUCCUCUUCCUCUUCCCCUUCUUCUUCUACUUCCUCUUCCUCUUCCUCCUCCUCCCCUUCUUCUUCUUCUUCCCCUUCUUCUUUUUCUUCUUCUUCUUCCACUUCUUCCCUUCCUCUUCCUCUUCCCCUUCCUCUUCCCCUUCUUCCCCUUCUUCUUCUUCUUUUUCUUCCCCUUCUCCUUCUUCUUCCCCUUCUUCCCCUUCUUCUUCCGCUUCUUCUUCCCCUUCUUCUUCUUCUUCUUCCCCUUCUUCUUCCCCUUCUCCUUCUUCUUCUUCUUCUUUUAUCUUGUAUUCUUGUAUCUUCUUCUCUGUCCAUUUUUAUUCUUCAGCAACUACAUAUCCUUUAUUUUUUUCCUGUUUCAUUUUUUAUUCUUUCUUUUUCUAGCUUUUUUUUUCUCGUAUUUCAAGUUUCGCGUAUUUUCCAAUAAUUCUAUUUCCUCAUACUUGUCGCUUUUUUUUUUCUCUUUCCUCUUUUUUAAUCUUUCCUUUCAUUUUUCUGUUGCUCCAAACUCACCUUUCAUUCCACAUAACUCUUUUCUUUUUCAAAGACUUUUUCUUUUAUUAUUUUUCCAUAUCUUUCCACUUCUUCGUCUGAUUCACAUUUCUUUUUAA